CGCGAGCGCUGUCAAUCCAUGAGUCCUUCCCACUGUCUAUCUAGCCGAGGGAGUGUCUGUUUGUCCUGCUACUCUGGCCAUAACCCACCCUACACUCAUCUCUCUGACCCCGGUCCUGAAAGGUCCCCGUGUGGUCCUGUGACUUCUCCGAGCUGGCGUGCUCUGUCCACUUGGCCGUCUGAGCAUCGCCUAUGGUUUGCAGCUGGCAAAAGAAAGGAGUUGGAUGAAAGAGAUUUUGACCUCCUGUCCUAGCGAUGGCCCUUCUCUGCCCCCGCCCACCUCCGUGCCAGGAGCUGAGAGACCCUGCAUCUCCCCAGGUGACCACGCCGGCCUCAGGUCAUGCACGGACACAGCCGAAACGGGCAGGCCCAUGUGCCCCGGCGGAAACGCCGCAACCGCUUCGUCAAGAAGAACGGCCAGUGCAACGUCUACUUUGCCAACCUGAGCAACAAGUCCCAGCGUUACAUGGCGGACAUCUUCACCACCUGUGUGGACACACGCUGGCGCUACAUGCUCAUGAUCUUUUCCGCGGCCUUCCUCGUCUCCUGGCUCUUUUUUGGCCUCCUUUUCUGGUGCAUUGCCUUCUUCCACGGUGACCUGGAGGCUAGCCCCUCGGUGCCUGCUGCAGGAGGCCCGGGGGGCAAUGGUGGGGCAGCCCCGACGGCCCCCAAACCCUGCAUCAUGCAUGUAAACGGCUUUUUGGGAGCCUUCCUGUUCUCAGUGGAGACACAGACGACCAUCGGUUAUGGGUUCCGGUGUGUGACGGAGGAAUGCCCGUUGGCCGUCAUUGCAGUGGUGGUCCAGUCCAUCGUGGGCUGUGUCAUCGACUCCUUCAUGAUUGGCACUAUCAUGGCCAAGAUGGCACGGCCCAAGAAGAGGGCACAGACGCUGCUGUUCAGCCACCAUGCGGUCAUCUCAGUGCGUGAUGGCAAGCUCUGCCUGAUGUGGCGUGUGGGCAACCUGCGUAAGAGCCACAUUGUGGAGGCCCAUGUCCGAGCUCAGCUCAUCAAGCCCUACAUGACCCAAGAGGGCGAGUACCUGCCGCUCGACCAGCGGGACCUCAACGUGGGCUAUGACAUCGGCCUGGACCGCAUCUUCUUGGUGUCACCCAUCAUCAUCGUCCAUGAGAUUGAUGAGGACAGUCCACUCUACGGCAUGGGCAAGGAGGAACUGGAGUCGGAGGACUUCGAGAUCGUGGUUAUCCUGGAGGGCAUGGUGGAGGCCACAGCUAUGACCACGCAGGCCCGCAGUUCCUACCUGGCCAGUGAGAUCCUGUGGGGCCACCGGUUCGAGCCCGUGGUCUUUGAGGAGAAGAGUCAUUACAAGGUGGACUACUCACGAUUCCACAAGACCUACGAGGUGGCUGGCACGCCCUGCUGCUCUGCCCGUGAGCUGCAGGAGAGCAAGAUUACGGUGCUGCCCGCCCCGCCGCCCCCUCCCAGUGCCUUCUGCUAUGAAAAUGAGCUGGCCCUCAUGAGCCAGGAGGAAGAGGAGAUGGAAGAGGAAGCCGCGGCUGCAGCCGCCGUGGCUGCAGGCCUGGGCCUGGAGGCGGGUUCCAAAGAGGAGGCAGGUAUCAUUCGGAUGCUUGAGUUUGGUAGCCAUCUGGAUCUGGAGCGCAUGCAAGCCACCCUCCCGCUGGACAAUAUUUCCUACCGCAGGGAGUCUGCCAUCUGACCUCCAGGGCCUGCCCUCUUCUAUUCCUGCAAGACCCUCUGCCAGGGGUGGGGUGCAAGGACAAGCCUCCCACUCUCAGGAUAGAGCUGAACCUGGCUCUGUGGACCUGGAGGAAGGUGGGGACUUCAAAGACUAGGAGAUCCCUUCCUGUUGACUGCAGAGCCCAGGACGGGGAAGGACCCAGGUACUCAGCCCUGCUGACCUGAGCUCUGCCCUCGGCACCUCCCCACGGGUGGCUCUGGGCCCCCAGACCUUCCACCCUUUCCCCACUGACCCUUCAAGGAUGUGACCCUUCUGCUCUCAGGACCUUGGGGAAGGUGGCUGGACUGCUAGGGAGGGUGGGCAUCAUGGGGGUUCUGGGUGGGCAGGGUGGGUCUCGGGAGGGGGAGGGGCGUGUUUCUUUUGCAUGACUGUGGUCUGUGCUCUUGACUCUCUCUUUGUAAAUACCUAUAAACGGAAGAGAUGGAGACACAAGUCCACCUCUGCCCGUUUCUCCCUGUGAGACAGAGAAGCCACCAUCCCUCUCUGUGCACCCCUACCCCGCCCAGCCUCAGCUCUGCCCAGCUGGCUGGUCCCUUGAGGCCCUUGAAGCCAACUCUGUAUGGUGUUGGGUUUGGGUACAGACAGAACCCCAGAGGUGGGAUGAAUACCCUCCCUCCUUGCGAUCCCUCCAGUUUCCAGAUUGAUGAUGGCAUUUGUAACUAUUUUUAAUAAAGCAUAUGGUCGCUAGAAGUAGGCUGUAGAGAGGAGAGAGAGAGAGCGCAUGUGAGUAUCUUUAUGUGGCCCCCUUUCAAAUUUGUGUGUGUGUGUGUGCACAUGUGUGUGCUCAUGUGGAAGCCAAAGGACAGCCUCAGGUGUCUCUCAAGAGUCACCCACCUUUUUUAAAGAUUUAUUUCCAUUUCACAGGCAUGAAUGCUUUUUUCUGCACGUGUGUCUGUGUACGUGUGUCUGUGCACUGUGUGUGUGCCUGAGGCGCAUGGAGGCCAGAAAAAAACAUCGGAUCCUCUGGGACUGGAGUUACAUAUGGUUGUGAGCCACCGUGUGGUGCUGGGAAUCAAACCUGGGUCCUCUGCAAAAGCAACAAGUGCCCUUAACCACUGAGCCAUCUCUCCAGCCCCAUCCUCCUUAUUUUCUGAGAUAGGGUCUCUUCACUGGUCUGGAGUUCAUGGUUAGGGUAGCUAGCUGACCGGAGAGCCAUAGGAUCUAACUGUCUCCUUCUAGGUCCAGGUUUUCUUUCUUUUCGUUUCUUCUCUUUUCUUUUUCUCUCUUUCUUUUAGCAUAGGUGCUGGGGAUUGAACUCAUGCUUGUACUUUAGUGACUGAGCCAUCUCAGGGGUAUGUACCCUCUCUGAGAUACUGACCCUCAAAGGGACUUCUGCCACCUGAUCGGCAAUGGAAGGACCCUAUUGUGGGUGAGCAUCACCGAAGCUAGAUCUGAAUCAAAUCUUUGUAACUCAGGGGAAGUAGGACGCGCCCACGGGAUUUACACACAUGCUUGUGUACGUACACACAUUCAUGUCUCUACACACUGCUUGAGGGAGCCUGCAGGACCUCUGGCAAUUCCUUCCCUCUGGGCUCCAUAGUUUGUAUUGUGCGGAGUUGCCCUCACUCAGGCAACCAUCUGGUCUUCAAGGUCUGUGGGUAGCUGCGCUCCCAGGCAGUUGCUCCUGAAGUCUCCAGGGAGCUGUACUGGGAUGGCCACUCUGGAAGAGUCAAGGUAGCCUUGGCUGCAUGGUCUGGUGCUGAGCUGGGGCUUCAGGCCCUUCCUCCUCGACGAACCCUUUUGGGGUGUUUUCUGGGGAGCCUCAACUUCAGCAUCAUUUCUGAUGUAUUUUGUUGUGCAAUUUGGGUCAUCAGGGGACCGAUCUGAUGCAAUGGGGGACGUCAGACUCCAUCUUCAGGAGCAUGGCAAGAGUUGUCAUGCUGGAUGACCUAGCCCUUAUCUGAGGGGCUGCCUUCAGCCAGUCUAUUCCACAGGCUGGGUCUGUGCCCAGCACUCAGGCUAUAGACAAGCAGAAAGGACCCUGUGUGGCCUCACGAACUUCUGUGCCAAAUAUGCCAGCUUACCUCCUGUGAAGUAAGGUGGGUUGAAGGACCUCACCUCACUAGCACUGACCACAAGUACCAUCUGGGUAAUUACUGCACACCUAGCUUGUUUUAACAGUUGUACAAGAGAAUUUGAGGGCUCUUUCCUGGAGAGAGGCCAGCUGGGGGAUCCAAGGAUCCCAACGGUAGCUUGUAUUAGGCAGUCAAGAACUGGGGUCUCAUUUGGUAGAUGAAGGCAUGCAGGCCAAGAGAGCUGAAGACUGGCUUUUCCCAUAUGGUGGUUUUCGGAGGGCAAAGGUUGCCUCUCUCCCAGUUCUCUGAAGGCACUGAUGGACAGAGACUGCCAUCCUCCCGCUCCCCAGCCUGCUACCUCAAGUGCAUCAGUGACCUUUAGCAGUCUCAAAGGGCUGGAGGCGAGGAUGGGGAGGUGGCACUCAGCAAGGGAUAAAUCUCAACUGCCUAUCCACCCAUGCGCACCCCAGACCCAGGUAGCUUCUCAGGGAUAUAUCCUGCUGUUCAGCCCUGCAGGCCCUGGGAGGACACAGCUGAGACUCUCUUCUCAUGCUUGCCCCAGGUGACGGGGAAGUGUCAGUCCUGAACUCAGUUCCCAUGUUCCAGAAGGUGGGACAAGUAUCAAGCUGUCCGCUCUGGCUAGAGGCCAAGCUGACCACCACGCUGGGACAAGCAUUCCAGGGCCCGCUGGAAACUACCAGAGAGCCGCUUGCUCAGACUCCUGGGGCAAGGGUCCUUUCAGACACCCCAUUCCUCUCUCAGGCCACAUGCAGCAUGUCUUGUGGACGAGAGAGAGGCAGAUUUGGCCGGAGCCCAAUGCCAGGACUUCAUACUGAGCUGCAGGGGAGUACCAGCGGGGGCCCUCCAGGCAGACCCAGGGUGCAAGAGAGCUCAGACUGCACGGCUCCACGCAGGCUGCAAGCUCGGCUGCCGGCUCAGCUCUGCUGACUCACCUCUCCCCCACCUGUUCCCCUUUCGCAGCCCUCCCACCCGCUUCCCAGCUCCAUGUGCAGCUCCUCUGAUCUCUCCUUCCUUGCGCUCCUGGUGGCUGCAUCCGGGGGCGGCUGCAGCUUAGAUACCUUGGUGCUCCGUCAUGCAAACUGGCUGGCAGCUGCAGGACCUUUGGAGGUGCUGCCACGCCCUUCUCUGCUUGGCCCAGGAAAAAUGAGCUAGACUUGUCUGGCCUUGCGCCUGCUCCUCCGUCGGGGAGAAGGACCCUGGAAGUCUUGAAGGGAGUAAGGGUGUGGGAAGGGAGGAAGGGUGUGGUCUCACAGAGGCUCCGCCUCCGCACGUCUCCCUGAAAGCCACCAUUCAGGAGUAAUCUUAGCUCACGAUGGCUUCCUUAAGAACUUCAACAGCUUAGAAAGAACUAGAGAGGAGCCCAGAUGGCGUUCAGCACUGUACUGUCACUGGCAGACCUUUCUGAGAUCACACAGGCUUUUUCCUGUAUGUGGCUUCUCUUAUCUUUUCUGGAUAACGAAAUGUUCUGGGCAGUAUAGUUUGCUUUGUCAGGUUGGUUUUUUUUUUUUUUUGAGACUAGGCCUCAAAUUCAGUGUGUAGCCGAAGAUGAUCUUGAACUUCUGACUCUCCUGCCUUCACUGCUCAAGAGCUGGUAUUAAAGGUGUGUACCACCAUGCCCAGGCAAGUAUUCCAUCUUUUGAGUUUGGCAGAGGCCCGUGGAUCUCUGUGAGUUCCAGGCCAACUUGGCCUAUCAAGUUCCAGGACAGCCAAGGCUACAUAGAAAGAUGUUAUUCUCAAAAAGGAAACAAAAGCCAAAGACGGUAGACUUGGCAUCCACAAAAACAAGCUAGGCCAUUCUAGGAUUGGGAAGGGAGGAGGAACUUCAACACCAGCUUCCCUCCCAGGGAAGAUUGUCACUAGGAAGAUUGGUUAACAAGGGACAAGUGAAGUCAAGACUCCUGCCACCUCCAUAUCCCCUGCUGAGAGGAAAGUCAUGGGUGUAAGAGCUGGAGGCACCUAGGCUGAGGUUUGCCCUUGUCAUUUCAUAGCUAGGUGGCCUUAGGCAGGUCAGUUGUCUCUGAGUGUGUGUGUGUGUGUGUGUGUGUGUGUGUGUGUAGGGCCUUCACGUAUCUAGCUCACAUUCUGUACGGAUUAAACGAGACCCUGUAUGUGACUGGGCAUGGCAGGUGUGGGGUCAGACGCAUUAACGAUCUAAAUAAAUGUUGAGUGGCCUUUGGAAAAGGUUUUGAUCAACUUUAACAAUAAACGACACAAUUAG